CUCUCUCUCUCAUAGGUUUCCGUUCUCGAAUAAAAUAAUGUCGACCGUAGAAACCGCAACCAAAAAGAUGAUCACUCUGAUAAGCUCCGACGGAGUCACGUUCGAGGUUGAAGAGUCCGUCGCCGUCCAAUCGGAGACCAUAAAAAACAUGAUCGAGAAUAACAUCGCCGUCACCCCAAUCCCGCUGCCUAACGUCACCUCGAAUAUUCUGUUAAAGGUGAUAGAAUACUGCAAGCACCACGCCGAAGCCGCAUCCAACGCCGCCGUUUACGGCGCGGUGUCCCAUAAGGUCGCCGAAGAAUACGUGCGUCGGUUUGAUACUGAGUUCCUGAAGGUUGACCAGUCCACGCUAAUUGACCUCCUCAAUGCUGCAUACAACUUAAACAUAAAGAGUCUGGUUGAGCUGACGUGUAACAAGGUAGCAAACAUGCUAAAGUGGAUGUCGAUAGAACAACUCGGUUGUACUCUCAACACAGAAAACGACUUUAUUCCAGAGUAGGAAGAAGCGAUUCGUAUGACGAACACAUCGGCAUUUGAUUGAAUGUUCUAUACUUAAUUCAGUUUAGUAAAUAUUCACCAAUUUUUUUCCCCCUUCUGGCUUUUACAUAAUCUCGAACUUUAUUUUUAUGUUAGGACAUAUCUCUUUACUUUAUUAAGGAAUUUAUACAGACUCUAUUUAGUGUGUCAAUUGAUCUAAAU